ACUUUCUAAACCGCGUCUACCAACCAGAACCCAUGGCAGGCAACGGCGGCGAGUUGCGACAAAGAAAUACUGCGGAUAAGGGCAACGCAAAGGCUGUUACGACCACCGACGAGGGUCGCAAAUCUGACAAGCUUCUAGAUGAGCAUCAAGGGUACGAGUUUGGAGGCCCUUUGGGUGUCACUGCUAUGAUGAUUGGGUUCCCAAUCCUCAUGUACUAUCUCUGGAUCUGUCUGUGGUUCUAUGACGGGAAGCUUGUCACCCCAAGUUCUGUGGAUGAUAUCGUUCCCUUUUUGCAGAGAAUGUGGACUCAUGUCUGCGAGGAUGCCUAUCCGAACGCAUAUGCGUGGAAAGUCUAUACGGGACUAAUCAUAUACCAACUCUUCCUUGCUUGGGUCUUGCCAGGUUACCAACAAGAAGGUCUCCCUGUCCCUUCGCUCGGUUACAAAACCCUCAUGUACAACUGCAAUGCUCUCUGGUCGGUUUACGCCACAAUGCUCACCGCGGCAGCCCUUCACUACUACCAUAUUUUCCGUCUUACCGAAAUUAUUAAUAACUACGGACACUUGAUGUCCGUCGCUAUGAUCUACGGUUUCGCCGUUUCCUUCGGUGUAUACUUCAUCACCGUCGCCACUGGAAACCAAAUGCGCAUGUCGGGCAACUUUAUCUACGACGUCUUCAUGGGUGCAUGUCUUAAUCCUCGUAUCGGUCCCGUUGAUUUGAAGAUGUGGGCGGAAGUGCGCAUCCCGUGGGUCAUUGUCUUUUUCCUGGCUGUUUCUGGUGGCUGCCACCAAUAUGAACAGUAUGGCUAUGUUACCCCUAACAUGGCUUUCAUGAUCCUCGCUACUUGGUUGUACCUCAAUGCUUGCGGUAAGGGUGAGGAAUGUAUUCCGCAGACAUGGGACAUGUACCACGAAAAAUGGGGCUUCAUGGUUAUUUUCUGGAAUUUUGCUGGUGUCCCAUUCACAUACGUGUACUCUGUCGUUUACAUGGCCUCUCACCAUCCAGACAAGUACCACUUCUCUACCCCCACUUAUGUUCUCCUGUUCACGGUUCUUCUAACCGCGUAUUACAUCUGGGACACCUCGAUGUCGCAAAAGAGUCGUUUCAAAAUGCAAACCCAAGGGAUCACUACCUUCCGCAAAACUUUCCCCCAAUUGCCCGGAGGAACACUCAAAAACCCCAAGUACAUUCAGACUGCUCAUGGCAACCGCCUCCUCAUCAGUGGUUGGUGGCAAUAUUCCCGUAAGCCCAAUUAUGUCGCCGACUGGGUGAUGUCGUUCUGCUGGGGAGUCAUUAUCGGAAAGGCGACUGCUAUCCCGUAUUUCUACUCCAUCUUCUUCAUUACGGUCCUUAUCCACCGUUGUGGCCGCGACUUUGAGCGCUGCUCGGUCAAAUACGGGAAGGAUUGGGAACGUUACUGCGAAGUCGUCAAGUACAAGUUCAUUCCUGGAAUUUACUGACACCGAGGUGAUGCUUUGAAAAAGAACGCUCUCGUAGUCUCGCAAUUGUAUUUAGAGUAUACCCGCUUGCUAUUUAAUGCCACUAUUUCGAAC